GGCGGCGGCGGCGGCGGCGGCGGCAGGAUCUUCGGGAUCCGGUACCGGAGAGGUCCGUACGGGAAGAGAUGCGAGUCGAGGCUCGACGUUUCAGCGGAGGUGAUCUAGGGAGCGGGAAGCCGCGAUAGUCCGAGAAGUGGCCGCCUUGAUCCGGGCGGAGCGAGCUAAGAUGAACAAGUUACGGCAGAGCUUCCGGAGGAAGAAAGACGUGCACGUCCCCGAGGCCAGCCGCCCCCACCAGUGGCAGACGGACGAAGAGGGGGUCCGAACUGGGAAAUGCAGCUUCCCCGUGAAGUACCUCGGCCACGUGGAGGUUGAUGAAUCCCGGGGAAUGCACGUAUGCGAAGAGGCCGUGAAGAGACUGAAAUCUGAAAGGAAGUUCUUCAAAGGCUUCUUUGGAAAAACCGGAAAGAAGGCCGUGAGAGCCGUCCUGUGGGUCUCGGCAGAUGGACUCCGCGUCGUGGACGAGAAGACCAAGGACCUCAUAGUCGAUCAGACGAUAGAGAAGGUUUCUUUCUGCGCCCCAGACCGGAACUUCGACAGGGCCUUCUCGUACAUCUGCCGCGACGGCACCACGCGCCGCUGGAUCUGUCACUGCUUCAUGGCCGUCAAGGACACGGGCGAGCGGCUGAGCCACGCGGUGGGCUGUGCCUUCGCCGCCUGCCUGGAGCGGAAGCAGAAGCGGGAGAAGGAGUGCGGGGUGACGGCCACCUACGACGCCAGCCGGACCACCUUCACCAGGGAGGGCUCCUUCCGCGUCGGCACGGCCACGGAGCGGGGCGCCGGGGAGGAGGCCCUCCGCCGGGCCCGGGACGACCACGGAGCCGAGGCGGAGGCGAAGACCCUGGGGGGCGCGGCCCCCGCCCCGUCCUCGCCCACGUCGCCCGGCGGAGAGAGGGAGGCGCCCAACCCGCACGCCAUCCCCCGGCGCCACGCCCCCAUCGAGCAGCUGGCCCGCCAGGGCUCCUUCCGCGGCUUCCCGGCCCUCAGCCAGAAGAUGUCCCCCUUCAAGCGCCAGCUGUCCCUCCGCAUCAACGAGCUGCCGUCCACCAUGCAGAGGAAGACCGACUUCCCCCCGAAGAACGCCGUGCCGGAAGCGGAAGGGGAAGGGGAGAGCAUCAGCUCGCUGUGCUCCCAGAUCACCAGCGCCUUCAGCCUCCCGCCCGAAGACCCCUUCGCCUCGGCCCCCAUGACCAAAGCCCUGCCAGCGGGGGGCCUCCCGCCGUCCGCCGCCGCGUUCCGAGGCCCGGAGUGGGGGCCCCCGGCGGCGGCCCCCGGCGGCGUCCCGCAGUGGGCUCACCGGCGGACCCCCUCGGAAGCGGACCGCUGGCUGGAGGAGGUGUCCAAGACGGCGCGGGCCCGCCCGCCGCCGCCGGCCUUCGGCCCCCAGGCCAAGCAGCUCGCCAACCCCUCGCCCACCAACCCUUUCUCCGGCGACCUGCAGAAGACGUUCGAGAUCGAACUCUGA